GAAGCCUCAGUAUUCAGACAGCAGCCGAGCGGUAAAGUUCGAAAGCGUGAGCCAAAUCUUCGGUUUAUUCUGAAGCGAAAUCCUGAUAUUUUGACAUUCUCGUUGAAACAACUGCAAAAUGUCUCUUGUACCGCUGCUGUUCUCCGACUGGUGGGAGGAUUUAGACCAACCUCAUCGUCUGUUGGAUCAGAACUUCGGUUUGGGCCUUUAUCCUGACCAACUUCUGACACCGAGUCGUCUGGAGAUGUACUUGCAACCACGGCGAAGACCGAACUAUUGCAGACCGUGGCACGAGCUGCUGCGUACCAACGAACCGGGCACCUCGACCGUUCAGGCCGACAAGGACAAGUUCCAGGUCGUCCUCGACGUUCAACAAUUUCAGCCUGAAGAGAUCGAUGUCAAGGUGGCCGACAAAUAUGUGAUCGUAACGGCGAAACACGAAGAGAAGAGAGACGAACAUGGCUGGAUUUCCCGUCAGUUCACCAGGAAAUACAUGAUCCCCGAUCAGUGCAACCUCGACCAGGUGACGUCGAAGCUUUCGUCGGAUGGUGUACUUACCAUCUCCGCACCGAGAAAGGAUCAGCCAAAGAUAGAGAACGAGAGGGUUAUCCAGAUCGAACACACCGGCAAGCCGGCGGUUCAAACGAGGUCGGCGAAACAGAAGCAGCAGAAGGAAGAGGAGACAAAGGAAGAGAAGAAAUGAAGCGAUUUUCUCAAAUAUAUCUAAUCACUAUCAUUCUUAUUCACGUUCCUAGUUAUCGUUCUAUAUAAUUACAUUUUUUUUCAGUAUUUUCAUGUUAUCAGCAAGUAUAUCGUAUGUGUGUGUGUUAGAGAAGGAUGUAAUUUAGAGAAGGAUGUAAUGCACUGUAAGCUGCUGUCGUUCUGUUUUUCAUAAUUCACGCAUUGUUCUGAUAAAAUCAGUGACAUAUAUAUAUAUAUAUGUAUACGUAUACGUACUAGCUACCAGUAUGAACAACUGUAAUGUUUUUUUUAUGUUAUUAAUAAAAUUUACUGAUACUUGAAA